GUCUUUCAUUGCUGCCUCUGUUUGCUCUCCUUACCUAUUUCUCUCAAGAGGAGGAGGAGGAGUCAGAGGGUGUAUGUAUGUUUUCACUGCCAAGGAAACCAGCUGAGCCUCUCUUGUGCAAACACUCCCACAUGCACACAGUCACCAAACAGGAAGACAGUACUUGUUCUGAGUGAGUUGACCUGAAACCGGCAGGGUUUGUGUGAAUGAAAGGGAGUGACAGCGAUAUCAGCAGUACAGUGAGAAACCAGUGGGGCACUGAAAAUUAAGGUUGUCAGCCCAUAUUUAGGACCAACCAGCGAGAAGCAGAAGAAGACACAAGGAAUCUACAACGAGAUUGGAUUAUUAUUAAAAAAAAGAAAAGAAAAACUGGAGAGAUGAAUUGUACUUUCUAACUGGCUCCUACAAACACACAAACAUGUUCAGCCCCAGGAAAAACAGUCUUCCUUCCCCAAGUCUGGAGGACUCCUUCUUCCCUCUCUCCUCAUCUUCUUCGGUCUCUCUUUCAUUUGCGCUUCCCUCCUCCUCGUCGCCUUCCGGGAGCAUUGACAGCAGUGGAGGCAUAGAAACAGACCUGAUCCUGGCUGCAGAGCUGGGCCAGGCUCUGCUGGAAAAGAACGAGGAGCUGGCAGCCUCUCUGGACCAGAGGGAGAGGGAGCUGGAGGUUUUGCAGCAGGAGAAGCAUGUCCUACAGAGGAAACUGGACAUGAAUGAACUGACUUCAGGACAGAGAGAGGCAGAGCUGAUGGCAGAUAUAGCCACCGUAAAGGCCGAGCUGGAGCGAUAUCACAACCACGGCCGUGACCGACGGAGAGAUGAGAGCGAACAGCUGACUCAGUUGGCCAAUCACAACCAACGGCUGGUGGAGCAGCUGGCAGAGGCAGUGACACUUGAACACUCCUUGAGGACAGAACUUCGUUCCCUCAGAGAAGAAAUGGACGAAUCAUCUUUCAGCAGAAAUAUAAGCUACACACAGCUGGAGAACAUACAAGCAGAGAACAGAGUUUUGUUGGAGCGUUUGACCCACAUGGAGACACAACUAAAAGCAUCGCAGGACGACACGGAUCGACUUCGGAUUGAGAGAGAAGGACUGAGGGAGAGAGUAUCAGACUUACAGGUGAAACUGAAAGAGAAGGAAGCAGAGAUAGAGCAGGAGCAGGGAGUGGUGUUUGAGUUGCGUACCGUGAAUCGCUCUCUACAACAAAAAGCUCUGAGCCUGGGAGAAGAGAGCAUCCUGGACAGCACACACAUACAGCCUUUGUCUUUGCUUAGUGAGAUACAACAAUCACAGGCUAAAGAGGCUCUCCUAGCUCACUCUGAGGUCCUGCAAGCAAGAGAUGAAGAAAUAAAAACACUUAAAGAGGAGCUACAAUCCAAAGAAGAAGAGCUGGAGUCUCUGAGGGAGGAAAUCAAACCAUUUCGAAGUAGUCCUGAUAAGCCCAACUACAGUUAUUUAGAGAAUGAGUUGGCCACAGUGCGGCAGGAGAAAGAAUCACUCACCAACCAGCUUCUCAACACUAUCAAACACAAGGUGGCGCUGUCCCAGGAGCUGGAUGCCUGGCAGGAGGACAUGAGGUUGGUGAUCAAUCAACAAGUGCAGCAAAGAGAGGAGGAGCGACAGAAGGAGCAGCAGCGGGAGAAGGACAAGACAACAGGGCUGCAGAGGAGUAAAUCUUUGAAAGUGAAGGGAGAAGGAGGGAAAGGAUUCUUCUCAUCUUUAUUUAGAGACAAAUAACCCACAGAAACAGCAGCUGCCAGCCCUUGCCUUUGAACACUGUGAGCUCAUACAGCCAGAUAAUGUCUGCAACAAGAUUUAUGAAUGUUUACAGACCUCAUAUUUGAAUAGAAUUUAAUAUAUUUGUAUAUAUGGAUGUACAGAGCUGUAUAUCAGUAUUUUCAGGUUUAGAACUUUCUGUUAAAAUGUUUAUGUUUACUGCUGCUGAGUCUUCUGUAGCUGUUAUUACCGAUCAUUUACCUCAAAAUCCUUUUUGAAGUCAGUGACAAUAAAAUUCCUUAUGGUGAAGUGUUUAUGACUGUUAACACAUUUGGAGAGAGCAACAUCAGCAUUCAUGCAACGCUGUGGUUCUUCUUUCUCUGCUCAUCUUGAUUUUAAUCUCCAUCAAUACCUAGAUUUUGUAAUGUAAAUAUAAAUAAAAUAAUAGCUA